AUGACGUCUACCAACGCAAAAGCCGAAUCUAUCGAGGUUACCUCGCAGAGCGAGCAUGCUGUUUCUAACCUUGCUGAUGGCAGCGAGAAUAUCACUUCUACCGCCGAGGUGGACCGAAGGCUAGCAGAGAAGAGAUCGAGGCGGAAGAUUGACCUGUUGAUCAUGCCUAUCAUCACCUGGACGUACUUGAUGAAUUACAUUGAUCGCUCAGUCUUUGGCGCCAUCGCUGUUACUCCCGCUUCGAUGCCAUUUUUGACACUAGGAAACAGGAACAACUACGCUGCAGCUCGCCUCUAUGGCUUGGAAGAGGUUCUCGGGUUGUCUGAUACACAAUCUCUGUUUGGAAGGACUUAG